UGCCAAUGACCAGCUAAAAUGACUACCACCGCUAGUGCACAGCGCGACGAUCGUGUGCUGAAUAUCUCUGAAAAGCCAACUGAUACUGUUGGCUCGAACUUGACCGGACACAGCAAUUCCGACACUAUUGAAGGACAGAAACAUGAACGGGGAUUAAGAUUCUGGUCUAUCAUCAUAGGUUUGGGCUUUACAUCGCUUCUCGUCGCACUUGAAAAUACAGUCGUCAGUACCUCCUUGCCAACCAUAGUGGAAGACCUUCACAUUGGCCAGGCUUACGUCUGGAUUAUCGAUAUUUUCUUCUUAACAAGUGCCGCCUUCCAGCCACUUUUUGGACAGCUAGCCAACAUCUUUGGGCGACGAUGGGUCACACUGUUCAUCGUUGCUAUUUUUACUCUUGGUAGCGGUAUAUGUGGGGGAGCCAACAGCGCAGCCAUGCUCAUUGCUGGUCGGGGUGUCCAAGGGAUAGGAAGUGGGGGCAUUAACAUGAUUGUCGAAGUAAUCAUAGGCGACUUAGUGCCUCUACGUCAACGUGGAAAUUAUAUGGCCAUAAUUCUCUCUAUCUACAGCGUUGGAGUUUCUCUAGGUCCUUUUGUGGGUGGCAUCAUUGUCCAGACAACAUCAUGGCGCUGGAUUUUUUACAUCAAUCUCCCCGUGGGAGGGGCAGCCUUCGUGGUUCUAUACGUCGCCUUGCACGUAAAGUACAACAAGGAGAUGACCUUCUUCCAAAAACUACGACGGAUCGAUUUUAUCGGGAAUAUGAUACUCAUACUCUCAAGUCUAUCGGUUCUCUUCGCAUUGACUGAUGGCGGAUCAAAGUACGACUGGAGUACCUACAACAUCGUUGUGCCGUUGGUUCUCGGUCUUCUUGGAUUCGUCGUGUUUCCUUUCUACGAAGCAUCAAAAUUCUGCAUCGAACCAGUCAUGCCUAAUCGCCUGUUCAAUAGCAGAACGUCGGUCAUUAUCGCUAUAUGCACAUUUGUCAAUUCGAUUAUUCUCUACUGGGUCGUUUAUUUUCUCCCUGUUUACUUUCAAGCCGUCCUUGGAUCUACUCCAGCACGGGCUGGCGUUCAAGUGAUUCCUAUGACCGUCAUUGGCAUACCCGGGGCUGCAAUCUCCGUCGUUGUGCUUGCGAAAUGGGGCAAGUACCGCAUUCUGCACCAGGUUGGCUUUGGGAUCACGACCAUUGGCAUCGGACUCUUUGCACUUCAAAAUCGGCACGCUACAACCGCUCAAUGGGUCAUUUAUCAAGUAAUUCCCGCCUUGGGGAGCGGCAUGGUUCUCAAUACCAUGCUUCCCGCCUUCCAAGCCGGACUAAAUGAGUCUGAUCAAGCAGCCGCGACCGCAACAUGGGCAUUCAUCCGCAGCCUAGGCUUCAUCUGGGGUGUAGCAAUCCCAGCCGCCGUAUUUAACAACCGAUUUGGGAACCUUUCAUACCGAAUUGCCGACGCAGCGACGCGUGAGCUGCUUUCUCAUGGGCACGCAUAUCAAUACGGGUCACGGGAUUUUGUGAAUUCGUUCGCGGAACCAUUGAAGAGCCAGAUCAUUGGCGUUUAUUCCGACUCUUUGAGGGUGGUAUGGUUUGUGGCACUUGGGGUCUCAGCAAUCCCAUUCUUGCUCUCCUUUGGCGAAGAACAGAUCAAACUACGCAAAGAGCUCGAUACAGAGUAUGGGCUGGAAGAGAAAGAGGCAGAUAAAGUGAUGGAUUUGAAACAGAUUGAUAAGGGCGAAAGUUCUGGGGAUGAAAAGAAAGGGGCAGUGAACCAGGGUGUUGGUGUGUAGGGUAUACGGGACGAAUUUGUGUUUGUACUAGAGGCACAAAUCCCCACAAUAACAAAUUAGAGGACAUCACAUAGCUGAUAAAGUAUUUAUAUUUAAUAUUUUCAAAGUUAUGAAAUAUGGCGAGACUGCCUGCUUCAAUCAGAACUUCCUAGGAGUUGGCCUAUUGUUUUGCUGUUUUGAAGAUUAACGCCGUCCUAGUUGCUUCUCAAAUCGGCUUGGAGAAUUCAGUCCUAGAGAGUGGGCGGGCCUGAAUAGAGCGGAAUGAUAGACGGC